AUGGGAGACUCAAGCUGGAUGCGUCUCCUCCCCGGCCAACGCUGCCGCACCCCCCUAUCCUCCCACCCAUCUCCUCACGACCAUCAUCAUCAUCAUCAUCAUCAUCAACUUCCCCCAGCAAGCGAAGACACCCCCGAAUCCAGCAACCCUCACCAUCUACGCAUCUCCCCACGGCCCCUGGCAGGCUUCUACCACUCCGCCUCGGACCCGGCAAACGACAUCCUCGUCCGAGAAGCAGACCGCCUCCAGAACACGCCGUCCGUCGACGAAAUGGCCGACAUCCUCCGCACCACCAUCAUGGUCGCGCCCACGCCGCCGACGCUCGGCCCGCAGUACACCUCGCACGUCCUGCACCUCAUCGAGGGCUACGGCAAGCUCCGCACGCAGCUGGCCGGCAAGCAGCGCGACGUCGCCCGGCUCGAGGCCGCGCGGGAGGAGGACAAGGAGCGCAGCAAGGCGCACGUCGCCGAGUGGGCGGCGCAGGAGGCGCGGUACCGCGCGGAGAUUAAGCGCCUCGAGCUCAUCAUCCAGAAGGUCUCCGGACGGGGCGUCGAGGCCGUUGCGCUGGCGAGGUCGGGGAGUCUCAUUCGGAAGGGGGCGGCGGCGGCGGCGGCGGAAAGGGGCCACUUGGUAUUGGACGAGAAUGAGUCUGAGCAUGACGAGCUUGGGCUUGCCUCCCCUUGCCUGCAGGCCGAGGAUGGUCAGAGCAGACGAACGUCCUCUUUCUGCGACAUCGUCGACACAACAACCCGCCUCACCACAACCCGCCAGCUCUGGCGCCAUCGCUCCGAAAACAACCUCUUAGAUCCUUCCUCCUCCGCCUCCCGCAAAGGCCCCUCUCCCAGCCGUCGACAAGGUCCAGUCCUGAUCCAUUUAGCAUCACCUCAGAGGCCUACGAACCCGGGGCCGGACCAGGACAGCGGCUUGAGCGAGGAGAAGCCCUGGACGCAAGACUGA